CCGUGCUGGUCGGUGCGCGCCGCCGCCGCGGCGAGCGCUGGAGUCGCGGCGCGCUCGCGUGACGCAACACCCUAGCAGUGCACUUUACCUUGUCCGACGGUUAGCAAACGAGGAUUCGCUGGUCGCCUGCGCUGACUCGUGUGAUGAAAACCCAACGCGCUCGGUCGUAAUGCGAGUUGAGGUCGCGUGAGGUGACUCGCGGAGGAACCGUUAAACGCAGCUGAGGAUCACGUGACCGAAGCGGUGGAGGAUCUGCCAUCAGCUGCCUGCCACCGGAGCUGACGGGACCCUCUGCCUCGUCGCCCGUGCUCCCGGUGCAUCCACGCCACGCAACUCCGUGUCGCUGUUACACGAGACGCGCCAUGAGCCCGGCAGCGCUGCUGUGCUGGACCCUGUGCCUGCUCGCGACCUCGGCCGCGCAGGCGCCGGGCUUCUGGAACGUGACCUUCGACCCGCCGGCGGUGCUCGGCCUGCGCACCGGCUCCCAGGCGCAGGUUGUGCUCACGGCGGGCGAGGUGCCCGUCGACGGCGAGCCGCAGCUGUGGCUGGCCGUGGCGCGCGGCGGCCGCGUGGUGUCCGUCGGACCGCCGACGGCGCUGGUCCGGUCGGACGCCGGCUGGACGAGCGCCUUCAACGUGACGGGCAACUUCCUGGGGUACGCGACGCUGCGGGCGCAGCUGUCCGCGGCGUCGGGCGAGGCUGCUGUCGCCGAGUCGCGCGACCUGGAGGUGACGGUGAUCCGCCAGGACCGCGCCAUCGACCACGCCUUCACGGGCAGCGUCAUCGUGCUGGUGUCCGUGCUCUACGUCAACUUCGGCUGCGCCGUCGACUGGGCCGCGUUCCGGAGCACCGUGCGGCGGCCCGUCGGCCCGCUCAUCGGCUUCGUCACGCACUUCCUCUUCAUGCCGCUGAUCAGCUUCGGGCUGGCGCGGCUGCUGUUCCCCGACUCGGUGGCACUGCAGCUGGGGCUGUUCUUCACGGGAGUGAGCCCCGCCGGCGGCGCCUCCAACAUCUGGACCCUGGUGCUGGGGGGCAACGUGGCGCUCAGCAUCACCAUGACAACCAUCAGCACCUUCGCCGCCUUCGGGAUGAUGCCGCUGUGGAUCUUCACGCUGGGGCGCGUCAUCUUCCGGCAGGGCAACCUGGAGGUGCCGUACGUGCGCAUCGCCUCCUUAGCCGUGGGGCUGCUCAUCCCUCUGGGCGUCGGCUUCCUGGUGCAGCGCUACCUGCCGCGCGUCGCCAAGGUCAUGGCCCGCGCGCUCAAGCCCUUCGCGCUGCUGCUGCUCGUCUUCAUCGUCGUGUUCGCCAUCGUCACCAACGUGUACCUGUUCGAGCUGUUCACGUGGCGGAUCUUGGUGGCGGGCAUGGGACUGCCGUGGCUGGGCUACUUGAGCGGUGCGAUCCUGGGCCGGGUGCUGCAACAGCCGCCGGCAGACGUGCUCGCCAUCAGCAUCGAGACCGGGCUGGAGAACACAGGCAUCUCCAUAUUCCUGCUGAGGGUGGCGCUGGAGCAGCCGGAGGCUGACCUCACUACCGUGGUGCCGGUCGCAGUGGCGAUCCUCACGCCCAUCCCGCUGAUGCUGCUGUACGCGCUGAAGCUGUGCAAAGAGCGAUUCGACGCGCGGCACCGCAUCCAGUUCGACGCGGAGGACGCGGAGAAAAUGACAGUGCAUCCAAAAUACGUAUGAGACCAAAGAAGCAGGACCACCAAUCGCUGACUCGAUAGAAAGGAACCAUUACUACUAUGCAUUACAUAAAUGUAAUGCUGCCAUAAUUGUGGAUAAAACAUUACUUACAUACUUAGGUUUACAUUAAAGCUCUUGGCAAAACAUGAGCAUGAACAAAUUAAGAGGCAUUUCUGAAUACUUCUGUGUUUAUAUGCAACAAACCAAACAGCACAAAUACUGUAUUUAAAAUUAGUCCAAAAAUAUAACUUGCGUAAAAAUCACAAAGCAUGAAAUGGAAUCAUGUUUGGGAAAGUUUCUGAGAAGAUAAAAUGUUUUGAA